GGGGGUUGGGGUUGAGCGGCCUUUGGCUUCAAUCUCCUGUGGAAUGAGCUGGAGAAUCGCAGCGAGUUCCUGCUGCACAGGCCGGGGCUGAACCCGCGACAAGGCCCCGGUGCAGCCAGUGGGCUCCUCCCAACAUGUACUGUGCAGCCCGGAGCGCCUGGCCCUUGGCCGUCCGGGCCAUGCAGUGUGAUUCCCGGCCUCAGCCUCGCCUCCUCCUCUGCACCGUCUGCCCGUGUCAGCAAGCGGCUCGCUGCAGGCAGCACUGCCCGCCCUGCCUCUCCUGCUGGGUGCGGGGAGCAGCCUCCAGUGGGCAGUUCCUGCCUGUGGCGCUGGCAGAGGUGGAGAAGGUGGCAACUCAGAGAAAACUAUUCUUCACAACAGCCCCCCUGGACUCAAUGAGUGAAACUCUGAAAAAAUGCUACAUUUAUCUGAACCAGACGAGCCGCAGUUUUGCUGCUGUCAUUCAGGCACUGGAUGGUGACCUACGCCAGGCGGUGUGCAUCUUUUACCUGGUGCUGCGGGCUCUGGACACAGUGGAAGAUGACAUGUCCAUCCCCCUGGAGGUGAAGAUCCCAAUGUUGCAGAACUUCCACACCUACCUGUACCAGCCAGAGUGGAAGUACGACCAGAGUCAGGAGAAGGAUCGCCAGGUACUACAGGAUUUCCCAUCGAUAUCCUUGGAGUUCCGCUCAUUGGCCAAGGUCUACCAGGAUGUGAUUGCAAAUAUCUGUCACAAGAUGGGAGCUGGAAUGGCUGAAUUUUUGGAAAAAAAAGUUAGAUCCAUCAAAGAAUGGGACAUGUACUGUCACUAUGUGGCAGGGCUUGUGGGAAUCGGUUUGUCCCGUCUAUUCUCAGCCUCAGAGCUGGAGGAUCCAGUUGUGGGGCAGGACACGGAACUGGCCAACUCUAUGGGCCUCUUCCUGCAGAAAACCAACAUCAUUCGGGAUUACUUGGAGGACCAGCAGGAAGGUCGGGAGUUCUGGCCGCAAGAGGUAUGGAGCAAGUAUGCAGAGAAACUGUCUGACUUCACCAAACCCCCGAAUAUUCAGGCAGCACUGCAGUGCUUGAAUGAGCUGAUAACCAAUGCCCUGCAGCAUGUCCCAGAUGUUAUCAAGUACUUAUCUCGGCUCCACAAUCAGAGUGUCUUCAACUUCUGUGCCAUUCCACAGGUGAUGGCUAUUGCCACAUUGGCUGCCUGUUAUAACAAUCCUCAGGUUUUCCGUGGUGUGGUGAAGAUCCGGAAAGGCCAGGCUGUCACACUGAUGCUGGAGGCGACUAACAUGGAGGCCGUGAAAGGAAUGAUUCGGCAGUAUACUCAAGUGAUUGGACAGAAAGUUCCAGGUGCAGGGAGCUCUGGAGCCAGGACACAGCAGAUUGUGGUGAAGGUGGAAUCUCUGAGCCAAUGUGAUGGGGAGCUGAUGUCGCGCAGUCACCUCUCGCCAAUCUACCUGUCCUUAGCCAUGUUCCUGGCCGCAGUUAGCUGGCAAUACUGGCAGGCCCUGACUUGCAGCUCAGAGAAGCACACUUGCACCUACUCUCUAAGACCAAGAGGAGAUCUAAAUGAUAGUGAGUUGCUGAUCAGGGGACAACAGUUCAAAAUUUACACAGGAGGGUGUGAACUGGACUGAGCUACAGGAGCAACACUAAACUUCAUGGAUUGCACCUGCUCUUGAGAGGGAACUGAAACACAACUCCAAACAGUAAGAGGAAGAGGAGGAGCCAAAUAGAUGGGAUCUAAAACCCUCCGUCACCGCAAACAGAAAGCAGUCCCUUCUGUACUGGUCACUGACUGAGGCUGAAUUAUUUCAUCACAAAUCACAGAAAAUGAUUUCAGUCAGCCUUUUUUUUUACCCAGUAACUGAUAUUCCUAAUGUCCAAGAUGAGGAUUUAGGCAAUUAAAAACAAAGUUUCAGCAGUAUUUGGAUUAUGGUGCAACCUGUGCCUGUGUAGUAGGUCUAAAAUCCCAGUAUGCAUCGUACAGUUUGGGGAUUUUUUCCUUGCCUGCUGGUAAUCACAGCUCAGUUACUUUUCCAAAUCAUUUGAAGCAAAGCUACAAGAAAUUUCAGAAACUUUAUUCAGAUAAAAUGUAUUUUGAGUUUGUUUAAAAUAGUGUGUUAGUGUGUAACACUUAGCGUACUGAACAGAGAGGGGGAGACAAAUGGUGAAAGAAACAAAGCGAUAAGCAAGAGAGAUUGUCAUAGCUGAGAACCAGUUACUGUGUAUUAAAAGAAGCUUGUUAAAA